AACUCUUAAUCCUUAAACAAAUUGUCUGAUAAUGGGUAUUAGGUCACUUACUCAGGCCAAGCAGAAGCUGCAAAGAACUCUGUCUCCAAGAAUCAGCAGAGCUGUUUCAUGGGGAUCAUCGGAUGUUCCAAAAGGCCAUUUUCCUGUUUAUGUUGGAAAAACGAAUAAGAGGUUUGUGAUACCCAUUUCUUAUUUAAGCCAUCCCAUGUUCCAGGAAUUGUUGCAUUGGACCGAGGAAGAAUUUGGUUUCGAUCAUCUGAUGGGCGGACUCACCAUCCCUUGCAGCGAGGAUUACUUUGUCACCCUCACCUCCCUGUUGAGCUCUUCUUCGUGACAUUUUUUCUUCUUUCUGUUUCUUGGUGGCCAUGGGACUGCAGAGUGGAAGAGUUCAGGCAGUUAAUGAGCUGUCAACCUUUAGUUUGUAGCCAUAUUCCCAUGAUGAAAUAUGCCAUUGUAAAUGAAUUCUUUGACAAUUGAAUUGUUCUG